AUGUACGACGAGUCGUUCAUAUCAAAAUGUCUUCUGUACGGCACCGCAUUCCACCUCUGGAGCACCUUCGUGCUGAUACGAUUUGAUGAUGACAUCGACGAUGCUGAUAUACCUCCUGUGACCAACCCGGAUGGGAUAGCCCCACGCCAAACCUCCUUGGAAAGCGGCAAAAUAACCGGGAAAGAGGUCGAAAAUGAGGGAGCGCUGUUCAUACCGCUUGGCUGGUCUCGUUUGCAACAAGGCGAGCUGUACACUACAUCAGAUCCAGAAUGGCAAGAAUUUGUGAAGUUAUCCAAGGAUCGGAAGAAGCUUGAGAAGCUUAGGGGUGAGGAAUCGAUACAAUCCCUGCUCAAGAUCACGCGCUUACAAAUGUCACAGAUACUUGGAGAGCCUCUCUCCCUCACGGGAUUCUGGCUUGUCCAUCAGUUUCCAAACCGUGCCCCUCCGGGAUAUGUGCGAUCGGGGGUGGAGAUCAAAGACGACAGUAUAUCGUGGGUCGCGAAGCCGAUGGACCCCGAAAUAGGUGACAGGUUACAGACCUUCAUGAAACCAAUUCAUGUUGCUCUAGCAAUCAGAGAUGCGUAUCUGGUACUAUUACUAAGGCAACUGGAUCGUUUCAGGAAACCUGCAGGGGAGCCGCUGAAUGCCUUUGAUUUGAAUGAUUUUUCUGCCGCGCCCGGUGACGAAAGAGGGGACUGGAUUGGCCAAAAGGAUCAAUCUAAGCUACAACCACCUCUGAGCGACGGGCUCAAAGAAAAUAUGCCGCCUAAUACCGAGAACUCCAACUACCACCCAUCCUCCCUCAUAUCUUUAUUACAGCGGCUACCGUUACCAGACCUCGGCCCGGGCUCGGAUCUGCACUUGGCAUCACAGGCAUUCAGAUUACGCUUGAACCAUGAACGGGCUCAAAGUCCAGGGUCUGCUCGCCGUGGAGCCUUCUUUAUCACGGGUCCAGUUGGGUUGAAGGGACCUAAUGGGUUUUGUCGAUUUGAGGUGAAAGGCGAGUAUGAUCCUGCCAAACGUGAAUGGCGAACAGUGGAAAUGACACUCAAGGAUCUGAACAUGAGGAGACAGAAGGCAUUAGGAGGUUGA